CGACGGCUCACGCAGCACGGCGCGCACACACGCAGGCAGCGCAGCAUGCACACGUCGGCCGUCGGGCUGAGCGGCCAGCGGCCGGCCGCCUCGCUGCUGCGGCCGCUGCGAGAGCUGCUCACCUCCUCGCAGUUCCUUGAUGCCGCAAAGCUCUUCGCCAUCGGCGUGGCCGUCUCGUGCUCCCGCUCCAUCGCCGAGGCCAUCCUCCGCUCCGCGCGUCGUCUCGUGCUGUCCCACGCCGUGAUCCGCGGAAGGGACGAUGCUCACCGAUGGGUCAUGCACUAUCUCACGCAACAUCCGAGCAUCAAGUCAAGACCAAGAGACGUCGAGGUGUCUGCCAGACCGAGGCUGGCGCUGUCGGGACACGACGGAGACGAGGCGCCGAACGAGGCAGGGCAGGGAGGCGAUGAACUGGCCGGCAUCUUCUUCUUCCCGGCGGAGAACGAGAGCUUGCACUUCAAGUUCAAGGGACACCAUGUGUGGGCAUCCCGCGCCCGCACGCUCGUCGGCGACACAGAGUGGGACGAGACCUUGUCGCUCUCGUUCCUCACGCUCUCGUCGGGACCGCUCAAGGCAUUCAUCGCCGAGUGCAGACGGCAGUACAACGAGUAUGAGCGAGGCAAAUGCCAGAUCUUCUCGCUCGACCGCUACGGCCGCUGGGAGACAAGCAAGGGCAUCUCGAAGCGUGGAGCAGACUCGGUGCUGCUGCCUCGAGGCCUGAAAGAGGGGCUGCUGGAUGAUGCAAGACGCUUUCUGAGCGCCGAGACCCGGAGAUGGUAUGCUGAUCGCGGCAUCCCGUACCGUCGAGGCCUUCUGCUCUACGGCAUUCCCGGCUCCGGCAAGAGCUCAAUGGUGCACGUCAUCGCCUCCGAGCUCGGCCUCGCCAUCUACACCGUCUCGCUCUCCGCCCGCGGAGUCGACGAUGCGUCGUUCCUCGAGCUCAUGGGCGCGGUGCCACCAAGGUCGAUCGUGCUGCUCGAGGAUGUCGACGCGGCGUUUGUGGAGCGCAGCGGCGGGAGCGGGAAGCCGCCGAUCUCCUUCUCGACGCUGCUGAAUGCGAUUGACGGAGUUGGAGCGGCGGAAAGUCGCAUCCUGGUCCUUACGACGAACCAUCGGGAACGGCUCGAUGAGGCGCUGAUCCGUCCCGGCCGCAUCGACGUGCAGCUCGAGUUCAAGCACGCCACGCAUUCACAAGCCUACGACCUCUUCGUGCGCUGGUUCCCCUCUCCCUCUCCGUCUCGCUCCGCAGCCGGCGAGAAGCAGUCCGACGGAGUCGACGCCCGAGCAGAGCGCUUUGCGUCGGCCGUGCCGGAGCAGACAUUCAGUGUUGCUGCGCUGCAGGGCUUCCUGCUGUCGUGCGCCAUGGACGGUGAGGCUGCGGUGCAAGGCAUCGACGGAUGGGUCAGGGAGUCGCUCAAGGAGCGCCAGGAGGCGUCGGUGAAGGCAGAUGCCGCCCGAGUCAAAGGGGCAAAGCAGGCAGAGGAGGCGAGGGAGACGCUAUGAGAUCACACACGCGCAUUCAACUCGCCGAGACUGGUAGAUUGGACGAGGCGCCGAAACGAUAGUGGUGAGCUACAGAUGAUGUGGGCGAGGUGUGUGAGGAUGAGGAUGGCUGAGCAAUGCGAUGUGGUGUAUUCGCUGCGCUGGAGUUGAGUAAUUGAUGAGUGUAGAGAG